AUGCACUAUCCUUUUGUUAAUAACCCUCAUGAAUAUGUAUGCAUACAUGUGGCUUUUCACAUUCUCAUCCCCGGUCAGUUUCUGAUCACUCUUAUCAGUAACACUUGCUUCGGUGCCAUGGGCUCCCAAAAAGGAGAUGGCUCUAAAGAUGUUGGUCAUCGACAUGCUGUUAUUCGAGAGAAGCUCCGCCUCCUCCGAGAAGGCUCUGACUGUGCUCAUCAGCGUUCAUUGGAGAGACAAGCCGAGGCACUCGGACGUAUUCACACUCAAAUCCGUGAGCUCCACCAGGAGACUGUAGAAAUUGUCAGAAUUGUUUCAAAAGUCGAUGCAGCUAUAAAGGAAUGGGCUGCUGGAAAAAAUAACAAAUAA